AUGUUUCUCACGCGAUCCGAGUACGAUCGCGGAGUCAAUACUUUUUCCCCCGAAGGACGCCUGUUCCAAGUCGAAUACGCCAUCGAAGCGAUCAAGCUCGGCUCCACCGCUGUCGGCAUCCAAACCGCCGAUGGCGUCGUCAUCGCCGUCGAGAAGCGCUUGAGCUCCCCUUUGCUCGUCCCCACUUCUGUGGAGAAGAUCAUGCAGAUCGACUCCCACAUCGGCUGCGCAAUGUCCGGCCUCACCGCUGACGCCCGCACCCUCAUCGAUCACGCCCGCGUCCAGACUCUUCACCAUCGCUUCGUCUACGAUGAACCCAUGACGCCCCGUGCCUGCACUCAGGCUUUGUGCGAUCUAGCAUUGCGCUUCGGAGAAGACGGCAAAGACGAAGACGCCAUGUCCCGUCCUUUCGGCGUCGCCUUGCUCGUCGCUGGCGUCGACCACACGGGGCCUAACUUGUACCAUACCGAUCCGAGUGGUACCUACGUCAAAUGGAAGGCAAAGGCUAUCGGCGCGGGAAGCGAGGGCGCUCAGACAGCUUUGCAAGAGAGCUACAGCUCCAAUAUGAGCAUGCAGGAAGCGGAGACCCUUGCUCUGCGCACCCUCAAGCAGGUCAUGGAGGAGAAGCUUGAUGGAACCAAUGUUGAAAUUGCCGCCAUUAGAAAGGAGAAGGGCGAGUUUCGAAUUUAUUCUCAGGAGGAACUCAAGGAAUGUAUUACUCGCUUGUAGGGCGUGCUGGUCACGAAAGCAAGUCGCCUCAACUGACAAGCUGUUACAUACGGAUGCGGAUCGGCCGCUCGAUUUUGUUCUGCGGUGAUUUGUGCUUUUUGUAAAUAGCGCCUUACUUCACGCAUUCAUUCCAGACCAUUGGGGAGAGCGCUAUUUCUGACUACAAUUUGCAGUCGUGUGCUGCUGUCAAGCUGUUUUCAAAUAGAGGCUCGCAUACUUGUUUGAUUGUGCCUCUGUAUCGAGACCUUGCCCACGUGAACACACUGGAGAUUACGCGCAUCAGCUACGCAGCAGACUGUACGAUACUGUUCGUCUUCACGACAUGUGCACCAGUCGAUGCCCCAGCGAUUCAUAUUUCAUGGCGCUAUCAAUGAAUAUGGGAAUGUGUCUCUAGGCUGUCCCGAAAUGUCCGCCCUGAUCGAAACAAUAUCAUUCAGGAUGAAUGAAUCCUCUUUUGCGGCUACAACGCCUUCACUCUUUCAGUCGAGAAGCGAAAGUUCUCUCCGUUCUAUUCUAAAAUCAAAACUGAUCCAUUUGCAUUA